CGCGCCUGGACCCUCACGACCCUCAAGCCCUGUAUCGGUGUUGGUAUCGGUGCUGAUGCUGGUGCUGGCGCUGGUGCGAUCGAAAUCCAUCCAUCUCGUCUUUUCUUUCAUAAUUCCCCAUACCCGCCGACAGAAGUUUCCCUAACUCUGCUCCGUUUACGACUCGCUUGUCUUAACGGUCUUUUGUGUAUAUCUUCCACCGUUGAACUCAUUGAUAGCCUUGCACCUCGUCCCCCAUACAUCCUCUGUCCAUACCUCCCAUCGCCGAGUUGUUCACCACGAACAGAAAACCUUCUACAGUCUCGGAUUUCUUUCAACGCCUACAAUUGAUUAUCCUCCUCGAUACAAAGCUCACCCAUCGUCUCUCCACUGGUCCAAGAACCUUCGUCGCAAUCAACCCGCACAUGAGAUUGGUCUGGGUUGGCACUCAGGCCAUGCCCCCACAGUGACAUAUUCAAGUUGGCGCACUACUUGGAUCCCACCAACUCACUCAUGCUUGCCCAUUCAAACUCGAUCUCCAGCAUAGCUCGGCCCCUCAGCCCAAUCCCAAUCUUCCCAAGAGAUCAACUCAACGCGCAUCCCUCACAACACACCGCACAGUUCCAGCAUUUUAACGUCAAAACUUCCACUCCUCAUCAACGCCCAAUUUUGACCCCGCCAUAUGCUGAGGCUGAUGCCGGCAUCAACGUUCACACGAGCACGCCUGCCGGGUCAUCGAAUCACUCGUCUCCCGCUUCUCAGACUCAACAAACCAGCCCCCUGUCCAUGACUGACGUCCAGGCCAAUGUCCAGACCAAGUCGGAUAGUGGCCAGUCUGCAAAACCGAAACGCGUUAGGACCGGAUGUCUUACUUGCCGAGAGCGGCACCUCAAGUGCGACGAGGGCUUGCCCGACUGUUUGAAUUGCAAAAAGUCCAACCGCAAAUGUAAACGCGGGGUCCGCCUGAAUUUCAUCGAUAUCCAGUGUGUAAAGCCGCCUUACCUGUUGCCGGCCACACAUGACUGGAAGGUCGUCUUCCAGGACGACUCGCGGGACAUCGCAUCCGAGUACAAGGGUGGCUUGGCCCUGUACCCCGACCCCGUGACGUUAGAUCCAGAACCCAAGCGACCAAGGCUAGAUUCAACCGCCUUGACGUACGACUACACUCAAAUCGCUGCUCCCGUGCUGUCGCAUCAACAGCUACCAGGCGCUGCGCCUUAUGCCACCCCCUUUCCCGACCAGUAUGCUACCUCGGCUGCUCAACCCUAUGGAGACAAUUCCUCCUCGAUGCCUGCAUAUGCCGAACCGGCACAAACAGCACGACAGCCCUUCAACCAACACAUGCUGGUGCCUACUGCCCAAGCGCAAACAGUUGCAUGCCUCGACGAUCCAAAUGAAGUACUCUACAUGCAGGUCUUUGUUGAAGAGGUCGCAUUGUGGAUGGACAGCAUGGAUGCUGGCAAGCACUUCUCCCGCUUGAUCCCCUUUCAAGCAUUGAGAGAACCUAUGUUGAAGUAUGCGUCCCUUGCAUGUGGGGUUCGCCAUUUGACCUUGGUCAAUCCCAUCUACCCUGAAGAACAUGCUCUCAACUAUUACAAUUCUGCCACUCAGCUCUUGCUCAAGUCUUUACAAAACCCCGAUCGAGACAGCGUUUUGUGUGCGACAACUGCCACCAUUCUCAACGUGUAUGAGGUCAUGUCUGAGAAAGCACUACAGAGAAUGAAUCACAUUGCCGGAGCCAGGGCAUUGAUCAAGGAAUGCCGAUGGGAUGCCACAGCGACGGGCAUUGGUGCUGCCUGCUUUUGGCUCAAUGUCGGCUUGGAGCUGUUCAGCUGCCUCCACUUCAACUGGGGUGUGGCUUGGGACCCAGAUACCUGGGGCAUCGACAUGACUAUGAAUCCUCAAAUGGUUGGUGGCAACGAGGACGACUGGACACACAAAAUUCUAUGGAUUCUGUCCAAAAUCACCAACUUUAGAUCAACUGCCCAGCCGCGAUAUCCAGACGGCAGUUCCGUCCACGCCGAGCAGUUGCGGUUGCAUCAGCGACAUCAGGUUUGGAUGGGGUUGAAGCAAUUCUGCGAGCGAUGGCACCGAUGCAUUCCUCCAACCAUGCACGCUCUAGCAUACGUUCCCCCAUACCUCAAUACAUCCAAGAGCGCCUUUCCAGAGGUCUGGCUUUUGAAACGGACCACCAUCGUGGCCCAACUGUUCUAUCACACUGCCAUGGCCUUGUUGGGGGCCGUCCAUCCGAUGAGCAGUGGCCAGCCACAAACAGAAGCUGAAAUGCAAGAAAUGAGAGUCUAUCAUUCGAGGCAAAUCUGCGGCAUUGUCGCUCACGUCAAAGAUCGUGGAGUGGCGUCUGCAUCAAUUCGAUGCCUGGCCGUAGCUGGCGAGAACCUCAAUGAUCGGCGCGAGCAGGAAGAGGUCUUGAAAAUUUUCGACCGAAUCAAGAAUGAGACGGGCUGGAGAGUGGCAUUCAUCAACGAUGAUCUCAAAGAGAAAUGGGGAUGGAUUACGAACGAGUACGACACAAGGUCUUCGAUUUCGUCGGGCUACUAUCCGACGCCGGCGUCGACAGCGCCAGCAGCCCCUACUCCUGCACCAGCUCGCCCCAAAUACCCCGUGGGCAUUGUCAACCCUCUGUACAAAAAUGCCGACUUUUCGGCGCAAAAUCCACCAUAUCAAGGCAACUAUGUGCCUCCUACUCCUGGACAUAUCAUGCACAGCACUACGAACAUGUAUGGAUUUUCCAGCAUUCCAGCCCUCUGAUUGAUCCCAAAAUCUACGGCGGGGACGUCCGAUGGCUAUCCUUGAAGAGAAAGGUGAUGAUGUUACGCCGCGACUCACGUCUCCUACCUCUUGUUAUGUGUCGGUGUUUAUAUGACGGCCAACAGUCCAAGCAUGAUCUAGGGCGGGGAGAACUGGAAAUACCCUUUGGAAUGUUGCUUGAGCAUUGCAUAUAUAUAUACAUGUGAAUAUGGAAAUAUACCUCUAUCGCGUAAUAUGAAACACAUCACAACUUGA